AUAUGAGCAUGUCAAAAACAAUGGGAUUUUAUUUCUAACGUACUACAUGAACGUUCCCAACAUACACUUCUAAACCUGGACAUGUUAUCCUUCCCAUGGUAAAUAUAGACCCUUCCUGUGAGAAAGGGACCCUUCUUCCCUCAGUCUUUCUACAAACCGCAACCUAGCAUCACGUUACAAAGUUCAUAAAUUCCCGUUCAAAUUACACACAUUCGGAAAUAUAAAUAAAAUGUGUACAAGUUCCAGUUCUCGAAAGCAUGAAUCUUGUGAUGCAUCUGACAUCGCAGCAAUGCUUGUGUUAAUCCUUGUCGCGGUUAUUUUUUUGGUUUUUACUAUAAUUUUUGUUGUUAACGAUUGCUCCCGGGAGGCGCAGAUUCACCUGAAUGCCAAGUCUGGCAAAUGGGAGGCUUCUGAUUGGUCGUUGUACGACGCAAGUACCCCGCCCGGUGGGGAUAGUAACGCUACCCGGGUGAAAAUUAGCUUCACCCGGGUAACCCCAUAUUUUACGGGGGGUUCGUACAGUUUGGAUUUGGGGCUCAACUUCGUCCUCGUCCAGACCUGGGGAGAUGAAAGACUGGUGGUUAAAUCCGAUCCGGAAGAUGUGAAGAAUACAGCGACAAUUAAGGAAACGAAGGGGGAGCAGAUUUCCAUCUGGAAACCAUCCCUGGCCACGGACCCGACCUCUUGUUCCGGCCCUGGCAACCUGAUUGGGGACGAAUCCUGGCUCCACGGGGAUGGACGGGUGUACCGGACGCAACACGUCAAUCUCAUCUUACCUCUGUCCCGCAAAGGAAAUUCGAGCAGCCCAGCCCCUCCCACGAAGGACUACUUUCUGGACAUUUUCUCCACCCGGGAAUUUCUCGCUGGGGUCGUCCUCGAGUGGAAGGGAGAGGAUCCCGUCAGCUUCAAGAGGGACGAGGAGGAGGCCGAGAAACGGAGGAAAUCUGGCAACUAUACCGCACCUCGGCCCAGUCUGGUCAUACAUAGUGAUUCAGCCCGUUGGCGGGUGGGUUACAGCGUGGGAAAAUGUGAGAUGAAGGAGGCCCUUGGCGACAAAGGGUCCAAUUUUAUGAGGGAGUUGGCCUGCCUCCGAGUGGGGUUUAAAAUUGAGAGGGUGAUUUCUAAGUGAGUAGGUGAAAAAUAGGGGAAUCUUUGUUCAUGCAAAAUUCGUUGGUAUUUUUUGCUACUUCCUGUCACAAAUUUUGAUUGUUUUUACAUUUGUUUGUUUUGGAUGUCGUAAAACUGGUAAUAAUAUGCUCCGAAAAUUUAUAAAUAUGUACAAAAUAUACGAAUAAAGACACAUCCUCUUUAAAAACAUGUUUUUAGCUACUUGGUAAAGAAUUCUUAAUAACCGUCUUUACCGAGCUCUUGGUAAUAACGCGUCCUACAAAAAUUAUACGGGGUUAUUACCGUAUCAAUACCAAACGGGUAACUAGCCUUCCACCGCAAUGUUUUAAGUUAUCUUUAUAAUUUUGGUAAUAAAUUCCUACGAGCCGGUAAUUAUAUCCUACAAAUUUAGAUAACACUCUUUACCAUAAUUUUCAUUAAGUGUAGUAAAAAUUUUUCCCGUUGUGGUGCUGAUGAGAUCUACAUUUUGGUGUAGUUUAUUACCAUAGAGUCAGGCAUUUUAAUACAUUUGGUAUGAAUUGUGAGACGCUACUCAGUGGCGCAUUUUUCACUUUUAGUUUUCGCUCAGCUCAACUCGAGUCAACAUGGCGAAAUUAAUUCGCGUGUCCAAUUCUGCCCGUGGAAAAAAACUGAUAAAAACAUCUGGAAAUUAUACGGAAUUUUUGGAAACAGGUGACUCUUCGCCUGUGACGUCAUGUGUGUAAAAAUCUGCACAUUUUUACUCAUUUCUCU